AUGACCAGCGCCAUCGACGAAACUCCCCUCAGCGCCUUCCCGCACGAGCGCCGCAACUCGCUGGAGAAACAUCUCCAGACGCGCCCGGACAUGCAGGACCUCAAGAACCGCCAUAUCCUGCUGAACACCAAUGUGGCACCAUCUCUCCAGUCCGCCCAGCAGGAACUGGACCGCCAGCGCGCGACGGACAGUCUGAAGAAGAACCUCGAGAAGAGACCCGAGCGAGAUGAGUUGGUGGAGCGUAUAUCUCCCCGUUCCUUCUGUUGUCUCUCUGAUUCUACAGUUUACACAUGCGUUACACAUGCUGUUUUCAUGCCUUUGACGCGCUAUUACCCCCGGACGUUAUCCUCGGCCGUUAUACUAACCAGACAAGGUAAUAUCCUCCCCGCUUCCACCGCCGCUCCGGCCCUGCAGGCUCACGCCCGUGAACUCGAGCGCCAUAUGUUGGCCGAUAAUCUGGAGCACAAGAUUCAGAAUCGUCCCGAGCCCGAGGCGCUUAUUACUCAGGGGAUUUUGACGGAGGAUGAGGAUCCGCGCUCGGCGUGA